GGACGAUGCAAAGGCAGCAUCACCACUCGGCAAAACACACGGGCGAUCGCGGCAACACCAUUCCCUAGGAAUACAGCUUCUAUCACUCGUUUUCUCUUGACCUACACUCAGCGGUGGAAGUUGUGCACUGUGUCUUUUCCAUCACUUUUAAUUUUGUUUUGCUAAGCUUGAAUAAUCCCGCCAUGUCCUUCGACCGCCUCUCAUCUUUAGAAGCGCAGCCAACCAGAUCCAACGAUUCGCAGUAUCAAGAUGAUCCGGAUUUUCAGCGGUUGACAGAGUCAUUGUCGAAUCGUCUGUUUACUUUGACUUCUAAUAUCUCGCGCUUGUCGAACCAGAUCUCCUUGCUAGGCACCAAACGUGAUACUGAACGGGUCCGUGAGCGGGUACAUGAUCUAUUAGAGGAGACUCGGGAGGGUUUCCGGGAAGUUGGUGAAGGCAUCAAGAAAGUUCAACUAUGGGAUGAUGUCAAUCCCUCCCAAAAAUGGACACAGCAAAAGCUUUCCUCAGAAUUUAGAUCCACCCUAGAAGAGUUCCAAAUUGCCCAGCGCCGUGCAAUAGAGAAGCAGCGAGCUUCCGCAACUGCUGCACGCACCGCCCUCCAGGAGGAAGAGGGUGUCAUUCCAACUUCACCGCGCGAUGGCCAGACCCUUCAGCAACUCCAGGAACAGCAACCCCGCCUCGCAUCGCAAGCCGAAGUCGACUUCCAAGAGACCCUGAUUAUAGAACGCGAAGCGGAGAUACGGAAUAUCGAGCAGAGUGUUGGCGAACUUAAUGAGCUUUUCCGAGAUGUAGCGCAUAUAGUCCAUGAACAAGGGGGACAACUGGAUCUCAUUAGUGAAAAUGUGGAUCGGACGAUAGAUGAUACCCGAGUUGCUGAUACCGAGCUAAGAAGUGCCAGUAGGUACCAGAAGAAUGCGCGCAACAAGGCUUGCUGCCUCCUUUUGAUUCUGGCUGUCGUCUUGGUCAUUAUCGUCCUGGCUGCUACGUUGGCUUAAACAACUAAAGAACAUGUGUUGCUGUUUCGAAUUGUACUUUUCUGUAACUGUUCUUAUUAUUGCUAUAUUGUCCGUAUGAUUUUUUGUUAACAGGCCCUUUUCUUCGUCAGUAUCUCAUAUGCGUUUAUGAUUCCCAAAUAUGUCAAUCCAUUGUUUCCUGCUUCAUUCUGUUUCAAGGAGGGCUCGGAUGUUUAUUUAUAUUUUUAUUGUUUUAAUUUUUUGGGGAGUUUCCGGCCAUCCUGACUAGCUUCCCAUUGCCAACGUUACUAUCGUACAUACAUAUAUAAGAGUCUCCUGUAUACACACGCAUCUUACAAUCAGCCUUCCACAACAAAAGAAAGACACGUCUACCACCCUCCUAUUGAUAAAAGAGUAAAACAUAAUACAUAUAUAUCGUCAGCCCAAUCCAACCAGGCGACUGGCCCUCAUUCUCCAUCCUUCCCAAGAAUUCAGCUUCGGCCGUACGUCC